UCUUAUUAGGGUUUAUACAUAUUUGUAGAAAUGGGUUCCGCUGAUGCUGAGUACCGAUGCUUCGUGGGUGGUCUGGCAUGGGGCACUACUGAGCGUUCUCUCGAAGAUGCCUUCUCUCAGUAUGGUGAUGUCGUUGAUUCCAAGAUCAUCUAUGAUCGUGAGACGGGAAGGUCUCGGGGAUUUGGAUUUGUUUCCUUUAAGGACCAGAAGGCAAUGAAUGACGCAAUUGAAGGAAUGAAUGGUAAGGAACUCGAAGGCCGCAACAUUACUGUUAAUGAAGCUCAGUCUCGUGGAGGUGGUGGCGGUGGGGGACGCCGUGAAGGCGGGUAUGGUGGCAGCGGAGGACGUGGAGGUGGACGUCGUGAAGGUGGUUAUGGAGGAGGUGGCGACGGUUCCCGCUACUCGGGCCGUGGUGGAAAUGAUGGGGGUUGGUGAUUCUAGUUAGUAUUGUGGUGGGCCUUGGGGGUGGUUGUAGUUGGUUAGUAUUAUCAUGGGGUGCUCUUGAAUCUAGUUAGUAUUAUUAUCAAGGGGGUGAUUCUAGACUUCUAGUUAGUGUAAUGCAGGGCUUUGUG